GAGCUGAUGGCUACAGAUAGUGCCAUUGACAUCCUGGGCUUCACUGCAGAUGAGAAAACAGCCAUCUACAAGCUGACAGGGGCUGUCAUGCACUACGGGAACCUGAAGUUCAAGCAGAAACAACGAGAGGAGCAGGCAGAGCCUGAUGGCACUGAAGUGGCUGACAAGGCUGCCUACCUAACGGGCCUAAACUCAGCUGAAUUUCUCAAGGCCUUGUGUUACCCCCGAGUCAAGGUUGGGAAUGAAUAUGUGACCAAAGGUCAAAAUGUGACACAGGUGAACAAUUCAGUGGGUGCCCUGGCAAAGGCAAUGUUUGAGAAGAUGUUCCUGUGGAUGGUUGUUCGUAUCAACCAACAGCUGGACACAAAGCAGCCCAGGCAGUACUUCAUUGGUGUGCUGGACAUUGCUGGCUUUGAGAUCUUUGAUUUCAACAGCUUUGAGCAGCUGUGCAUCAACUUCACCAAUGAGAAACUGCAACAGUUCUUCAACCAUCACAUGUUCGUGCUGGAGCAGGAGGAGUACAAGAAGGAGGGAAUUGAAUGGGAGUUCAUUGACUUUGGCAUGGACCUGGCUGCCUGCAUUGAGCUCAUAGAAAAGGUGAGUUUCUUAAGCAUCUUCUUUCAGACUGUCUCAGCUCUCUUCAGGGAGAAUUUAAACAAGCUGAUGGCUAACUUGAGAAGCACUCACCCCCAUUUUGUACGGUGCAUCAUCCCAAAUGAAACUAAAACACCUGGUGCCAUGGAGCACGAGCUGGUGCUGCACCAGCUGCGCUGUAACGGCGUGCUGGAAGGGAUCAGGAUCUGCAGGAAAGGGUUCCCCAGCAGAGUCCUCUAUGCUGACUUCAAACAGAGAUAUAGAGUACUUAAUGCCAGUGCUAUCCCAGAGGGACAGUUCAUGGACAACAAGAAGGCUUCAGAGAAGCUCCUUGGGUCCAUUGAUGUAGACCACACCCAGUACAAAUUUGGUCACACCAAGGUGUUCUUCAAAGCUGGGUUGCUGGGACUCCUGGAGGAGAUGAGAGAUGACAAGUUGGCAGAAAUCAUCACUCGCACACAAGCCAGGUGCAGGGGCUUCCUGAUGAGAGUGGAGUAUAGGAAAAUGGUGGAGAGGAGAGAGUCCAUCUUCUGCAUCCAGUACAAU